AUACCGUUGAUAACAAGAGAUUAGACGCUAUCUUUUGACCAAGCCUUGCAGGUAUACACGGAAUCUUUCGACAGUUUUAGCUCAUCAACCAAUCCGAUCAUGGCUGAACAAUCUGAGGUGAUUUCACAAUUCCAGCCUCAUGUUGCUGCCCAGCUUGUGCCGGUUAAACUCACUGAAGACAACUAUUCACUCUGGAAAUCUUUGCUAGUCCCACUUCUAAAGAAGUAUGACAUGUUCAAUAUGGUUCAAGGAACAGAGCAGCCUUUGACAGAAGACAAAGACCAAAAGUGCAUGAGCUUCAUGAAGCUCACUUUGUCGGAGGCCAUGCUGCCAUACGCUGCAGAAGCAAGCUCAAGUUCCCGAGCUCUAUGGUUAAAGUUGGAACAGCAAGGCGACAUUGCAAAAUCUCGACUGUUCCUGCUCAAGUCUCGCCUCACAAAGCUGAAGAAAGGAAAGUUAAGUAUGUCCGAUUACUAUCAAUCAGCAAAACAAAUGGCUGAUAGACUCAAGGCUGGGGGAUCUCCAGUGGCUGAUGGUGAUUUUCUUAAGCACGUCCUUAACGGACUUCCGUCUGAUUAUGAUAACUUUGCCAACUUGAUCAGAGCUGGAACUGAAGCCAUAACUACUCCAGAGGAGCUGCAUGACAUACUAGUGGGUGAAGAAUCUAGCCGUAGAGGAGAGAGGUGUCGUAAAGUCAUCAAGUACGGCGCUUUUGUUUUCGUUGGUUAUCUCGUUGGAUACGUCAUUGGUUGGGAGAAGGGUUGGGCCGAUGCUAGAAGAACGUACUCAACGUAGAGUAUUAUUAUUUUCUUUCUUUAUUUGGUCGAUGAGUUCGUAGUCUGGUACUAUUAUUAUUGUUAUCACCAACUUUUUUUUUUUUUGAGAGAUAUUGUUAUCACCAACUUAAGUUAUUUAUUCUUAUUUUUGUUUUUGAAAGGAAAAUUGGGGUACUUACGUUGUAAUUAUACUGAAACUAUUUAUAGAAUAUAUAGGCAGUUCACCCAAACAUAUAAUAGCAAAAUUGAACAAAAUUUCAAUCAAAGUAUCUCCUGGGCCCCAAACCCAGCCCACAUCCAAGCCUUUCUCCAUGGUUUGAGCAUCCAAACUGGAUUGGGCCUCAAAACUGACUUGGGCCCCAAAACUGAUCUGGGUACCCAACCAGCAUUGGGCACCUGAAAGCCAGCGCCACCAGCAUUCCUCCUGCCUUCCCUCAGUUGCAACCCUGUCUCUCGGCCAGCACCGCUAUCGCCUUGUGCGCUGCAGCAUGCUGUCGCAUCUGAAUCUGUCUCACCACCGGACACCUAAACCAGAUCGCCUUCCCGACGUGUCCAACUUUUCUAACCGUCGGAGCCGUAAGAAUUCAUGAUGCUCUGUUUAUGUUAUCGCCUUCCAGGAGCCUUGAAAAAUUAACCCACCUCUUUGUGCGUUGGCCUCCAUGAAAACUCGACAACAGUAAAACCUCCAUCUCUUCCGGCAAUGUGAUGAGACGCGGUGGAAGGGAAAGUCUGGUAUACCGCAUCUACAAAGAGGGAUCUCGGGUGAAAUUGCGACAACCACGAUCGACGUUGGCUUGCCUCCAAAGGACGGCGAGAGGCAGAGAGAGAAAUUCUGCUCGGCGUUGGCGCCGUGCGCCAUUGAUGGGGCCCCAGACCAAGGCAGUGGCUAGGGCUUGCUAGGUUUCGGAACUAGAGUCAGAGAGCUAUUACAUCCUUUUUUUAAGAGCUAUUACAUCCUUAGG